AUGUUGCGUCCUCGACCGCCUACUCCGGCGGAAAUGUUGUGUUUUGAACCGCCUCCGUGGGCAGAAAGUAGUGGAGACACUUCUUCUCGAAAACGACCGUCUCCGGAAGACAACGCUUCAGACGACAAACCUCCAUACGAGGAUAAUAAACCACACGUUGACGACAUCUCUUACAGCAAACUUUCCGACAACGCGCCCCCAACGAACGAGUCUUCCAACGGUAAAUCUUCUGAAGAUGACCCCUCUAGACAUGUGCCUCCCAAGAUUGACAAUGAGCCGGACGACAUGGAUUUACUCCACCCAGUAGUCACCUCUUACAUCUGUUGUUUUUAG